AAUGUCAGUGUCUGCUUACUGUAUAUUUUGCUACAGACAAAUAGGAACCUCAGGUUCAGCCACGAAAACACACCUACCCUGGAAUAUCAGAAGCAUUGCAUUUUUUUUCUUUUUCAAACUUCUCUGCCAGUUAUUUCUUCAACAUGUAGCUGCUGCCUCUUGUCUGCAUGCCAAAUUCUUAUGGUCUCACAAAGACGGAAGCUGGUAGCAGUGGUUGUGGGGCAAAUCUCCCAAUUCAUGCUGAGGAAAAGAAAUUAUUCAUGAUAGGAAAAAUUGGAAAGGUAACCGGAUCGCUUAUACUAGGAGGUUUUGUAUUCAUUACGUAUGAAGUCCUGUCCUUAAAUAAGUUGCUGCAAAUUGAUACUCAAGCUCUACAUCAAGAAAAACUUAAAUCAUAUGUAUACGUACGUACAGCUUCUCUAAAUCCAAGUGAAUAUCAAGGGAUCACAUACAAAGCCAGAAAAGAAAUCCAUAAAGCAGUGAGGAAAAUUCUAGAAACUGAAGCUAAAAUAUUCCGGAGACCUUUUAACGAACAAUUCAGUACAUUUGAUGGAGAAGAGCAUGAGUGUGCCUUAUGGCUUCUCUUAAAGAGAACUCAGUCAGAAGACAAAAUGGUCCGACUGCAGGCUGUACAAGACCUGGCAAGCAACAAUCACUGGCGUGAUUAUCAAUAUGGUACGGUUGCUCAAACCUGUGAUCAAAGGACUGCUGUCGGUUUGGCUCGAUCCAAAGGUAUUGACCUUCGCUUUUUCCUGCCUCCACCACCAUUGCCAAAAAUAAAGACUGAUUAUCCCAUAGAAGAUGAACUUCGCUUGUUGUUAGUAUCUUUACCUCAGACUGGUCUUGAUCCAUGUGUCCAGUAUUUCACAUCUCUUGCUUUACGUGAAAGUAGCCAAACUCUUGCUGCACAAAGGGGAGGCUUAUGGUGUUUUGGAGGAAACGGACUUCCGUAUUGUGAGACAUUGAGUAAAAUCCCUUCAGAAACAGUGGAACUCUUUUGCUUGCAGGCUUUAGUACAGCAUUCUAAGAUUUCUUCUCACUGUGAUAAAAUUGAAGCUAAAGGAGGCCUUCAGCUACUACAGAGGAUAUACCAGCUACGUAAAGAUUCAGCAAAGAUACAGAGGAACAUAAUUCGCAUUAUUGGAAAUAUGGCUUUGAAUGAACAUCUUCAUUCGUCCAUAGUACGUGCAGGUUGGGUUUCUGUACUUGCUGAAGUAAUGAAAUCCCCACAUAUCAUUCAGUCUUCUCAUGCAUCCAGAGCUUUGGCUAAUCUAGACAGGGACACGGUGGAAGAAAAAUAUCCAGAUGGCGUUUAUGUCUUACAUCCACAGUAUCGUAGCAGUCAGCCCAUCAGAGCAGACAUCCUUUUUGUUCACGGUCUUUUGGGAGCAGCAUUUAAAACCUGGCGACAGCAAGACAUUGACAGGCAUUUGGAUAAAAAGGUCUCAGAAGGCGAGGAGGACUAUAGUCAGUGCUGGCCAAAGACAUGGCUGGCUUCAGACUGUCCUUCCCUUAGAAUCCUGUCUGUAGAAUAUGACACCCAUUUGAGUGACUGGAAAGCAAAAUGUCCUGUUGAGGCUCACAGGAAAUCUAUUGCUUACAGGAGCAGUGAGCUGCUUGACAAGCUCAAAGCUGCUGGGAUUGGAGACAGACCUCUGGUGUGGGUAUCUCAUAGCAUGGGUGGUCUUCUAGUCAAAAAGAUGCUGGUGGAUGCUUCCAAGAAUCCAGAAAUGGAUAAAAUUGUAAACAACACCAGAGGAAUCAUAUUUUAUAGUGUACCUCACCAUGGUUCCCAGCUGGCUGAAUAUUCUAUAAAUGCCAGAUAUCUUCUCUUUCCGUCUGUGGAGGUUAAAGAACUCAGCAAGGAUUCUCCUGCACUUAAAGAGCUGAAUGAUGACUUCUUGUCUUUUGCCAAAGACAAGAAAUUUUCAGUGCUGAGUUUUGCAGAAACCUUACCCACGCACAUAGGCAGCAUGUUAAAACUGCAUGUCGUACCUUUGGAAUCAGCAGACUUAGGAAUUGGAGACCUUAUUCCAGUGGAUGUUAAUCAUCUAAAUAUUUGUAAGCCAAAGAAGAAGGAUGCUUUCCUGUACCAACGUACACUGAAGUUCAUUCAGGAUGUUUUAGCCCAAGAACUUAGAGAUUGAGUAUUUGCUAUCCUUGGCUAUUUGUGCCCUCCAUUUGGUGUGACACAGAAAGUUCUUAUUUGUUAGGGGAUCUGCAGAACUACACGAGUGCUAUGUCAAUAGUAUCUGCAGCUGAAUAAUUUUCAGUACAUCUCCAACUUAGACACCUCUGCAAUUUAUUUCUAAAAUACAUUCAAAACAAAUACAGACCUGGCAAAAAGAAAAUGUGUGCCCAGGAUAUCUUCUUUUGCCAAAAAGACACAAGCUUGCUUUGGAGACAGGUAAAUAUAUAUCUGGGACAAAGUCUUAGAGAGAGGAUUAGAAACAAUUAACUGAGGUGAUUAUUUAUUGUGACAAAAAGGCAAAGAAGCUGCCGCAAAGUGUUGGUUUACUGUCCAUGCUAAGUAGUCUGACUGGAACCUGGAGAAACAAUAUCCAAAUAAAUGAAGGUAGCAUUUUUGUCUAGUG